AUGUCGUCCGCGUCGAAGCCGUUUCGCCUGUCGGCUACGUUGGCGGGGCAUUCACAAGAUGGCAAGUUUCGACAACGGAGAACUAGGGCUCUUGCUACAUGAGAGUAACAGCUGACCCCGCUCAACACACUUCCCUUCGCUGUUCUGCCUCCCCCCCACGCGUCGUCAUCGCCCCUUUCGCCCCCACUUGGAACUACCCGACGAACACCUCUCGAUCCACACUACCCAGUCCGCUCCCUAACGAGCACCACCUCCACCAAGCCCUAUACAAUCCUCUUCUCCUCCUCCCGGGACGGUACAGCCCGAUCAUGGACGCGCACCUCCUCUUCAACCGAAGGGAUGCAAAUCGAUUCGUCAUCGACCGAGACCUUGACCGAAACGGGGAACGGAGGUCCGUGGAAAGAGGGUGUGGUGUUCGAGGGACAUCAUCAGGGAUUCGUUAAUGCUGUGCAGUGGUUCAAGCUUGAUGGCAGGGGUCAGUUCAGGGAUGCAUUGGCUCGACAUGAUCGCGCUCGAGACGAGGGUCGGUGGGUUACUGCACGGUUCAGGACUGACUGAACCAAGGAUCAUCGUCCCUCCCUUUGGAACAGACUACCUCGCCACAGCAGGCCAAGACAAACUCAUCCACGUAUGGCCCGUACCUUCCUCUUCCAACCGCUCGACCACUUCGAAGGAGCUCAGUCCCGAAUUCACUUUGAUCGGUCAUGAGAAUAACGUCUGCGCCUUGGCCGCUUCGGAUGAUGGUAAGAGGUUGAUCAGUGGCAGUUGGGACAAGUAAGUCUGUAAUCAGAGGACUUUAUUUCGUGGAAGGGUCGAGUUGUUGAUCGUUCGAGGUUUGGAAUCGCGCGCGAAAACAGGACAGCCAAGGUAUGGAAGGAUUUUCAAUUGGCGUACACGUUGCAAGGCCACGAGCAGUCCGUUUGGGCCGUGUUGGCCCUCGAAGGAGACGGGGAUGAUCUCGUCUUGACCGGUUAGUGACAAGCGCUCUCUGAUGGAGAAUGUCAUAGCUCUGUGAAUUAAAGCAACGUCAUUUCUGGAUUCCAGGCGCCGCGGACAACCUCGUCAAACUAUGGAAGGGAUCGAAAGCGAUCCGAACGUACCGAGGACAUACGCAAGCUGUCCGUGCGUUGGCGCGCUUGAGCUCGACAACGGGAGGAGGCGAUCUGUUCGCUAGUGCGGGCAAUGAUGCGUGAGUAGGAACUAGAACUGUGGUUCAAAGGUCGAGGAGAUCUAACGCAUUCCCGAUCGGGCCGCAGUUCGAUCCGCUUAUGGUCCCUCACGUCCGGAGAAACCGUCCAUACUCUCUACGGUCAUGACUCCUUCAUCUACUCUCUGUCCCCUAUCCCUGAUGAGGUCGGAGGAGGUUUGAUCAGCGGUGGGGAGGAUCGAACGAUGAGGGUCUGGAGAGGUGGGCCCUUUCUCAAGAUCCGCUCGGAGUAUGAUAUAGUAUCGCAUUAUGCUGAUUUUAACGAGGAUGGCUCACAGCAACUGAUGGGCACUGCGAGCAAACAAUCGUCAUUCCUGCUGUAUCAGGUGAGCUCCUGCCGCGGUGCGCUCGUUCCCUCCCUUGAGCCGUGGUUGAUACCGGCAUUGAUCUGCCUUUGUGCGCAGUCUGGACCGUUGAAGUACUCCCCGAUGGUGACAUCGCUGCUGGUUCCUCGGAUGGACUCGUUCGAGUUUUUACUAGGAAUGAAGAACGCGUCGCGGACGCAGAGACGCUCAAGGUCAGGAGGACCCGCGGGGCUCUUUAGUGAUCUUCUCUGGCCUGUGACUCUCACUGACUGGGUCGACGUCCUUCGCAGAGCUUUGACGAUGCUGUUUCGAAAGCCGCUGUCAACUCGUAGGUAUCUUUCUAACAAAUCUCUGCCCAAGGUGGAGAAGAAGCUGACGGGGUUGUGCUUUGACUUGCGGCUUCAGCUCACAAAUUGGGGACAUCAAAAAGGACAACUUGCCGGGUUUGGAAGCGUUGGGCUCGCCUGGGCGCAAGGAUGGUCAAGUCAUCAUGAUCAAAGCACCCAGUGGAACGGUCGAAGCUCAUUCGGUAAGUGGCCAAACAGAAUCGCUGGGGUGGAUCAAGACUGAUCCUCAACCAUCUUCAUGUAAACAGUGGUCCAAUGCGACCGGCACUUGGACCAAGAUCGGCGAAGUCACCGGUGGUGUCUCGCAAGCCCAAAAACAAAUGUACGAAGGUGUCGAAUACGACUACGUCUUCGACGUCGACUUUGCCGACGGCGCACUCAAACUCAAACUCCCUUACAACAAUGGUCAAAACGCCUAUGACGCGGCGCAAAAAUUCUUGAUCAAGCACGAGUUGCCGUUGGAAUACACCGAACAGGUCGUUGCGUUCAUUGAUAAGAAUAUUGGACCGGCUGCUACGUUGGGCCAGGGGACGAACGAGUACGUCGAUCCUUAUACGGGGGCAUCGAGGUAUACUGGAGGUGGGGUCGCGACAGGAUCCGGAUCGGGUGGUGCUGCUUUGUUGGGAGGGUUUUCGGGAGAUCCAUACACCGGUGGAGGGAGAACUAUGCCUGCUGCGGCACCCACGACGCCGACUUUGCUCCCUCAUCGUUCGUUCUUGACUUUCCCUCAAGCCAACCUCGCGGCCCUUCGUUCCAAACUCGGACAGUUAAACGACCAAAUCGCCGCUGAUGGAACUACCUCCUCCAAAGCCCUCUCUUCGACCGAAUUGACCUCAUUGGACAACCUCAUCGCAUACCUUCUCGUUGCUCUUGGGUCCCUUAAGCCGAGCCAACCGAUCGGAGAAGCCGAACAAGCCGUCAUCCUCAAAUUGCUUUCAUGGCCUUCGGCGCAACGAUUCCCAGGUCUGGACCUCGUCCGUCUCGUCAGCCUCUCAACACCUCUCGUAGAGGCCUUGCCGGACGUGUUGGAGACGAUCAGGGAUACGUCCGGUCCUGUGAAGGAACAAGAGACGAAUACAAUGUUGGGGUAUCGCGCCUUGGCCAAUUCUUUCUUGCCGCAGAAGGGGAAGGAGGUGAUGAGGGAUCAAGCUGUAGAGGUGAGCGCGGUGGCGUCCCGAGAAGGUAUCCAGUUUGAAUUGGGAUGGUUAGGAUCGUGGGCUGAUUUUUAUAUUUCUGCUUGGUGAACAGAUUCUGUUGACGCUGACGCAGCGUGCUUUGAAUGGACUGAGCAAGAAUGGCAAGAUCGCGCUGGCCACGGUCGCGCUCAAGUGAGUUCAAAUUAACAGGCCUCUUCAGUUGAGGCUGGUCGUUUACCGAGUCGCAAGUCUAUGCUACGCUUGCAACAGCUACUCCAUCUUUGCCGUCGAAAAGACCCUUUCAAGUGCGGCUGCACGACCGCUCCUCAACUUGAUCACGGCUGUGAGUGCCAGUUCUAAGAUCCCUCGCAGCGCGCGCUAAAUAUGACUUUCAAACUGAACAUCUUUGUCCGAAUCUGCUUGCAUACGAUAGCUCUUACGUGAUUCGGAUGGCGAGACGAUCUACCGUACUCUGAUCGCUUUGGGAAACCUCGUGAGUACUUUGACAGGCCCAGGACGAAAUGAAACAACUGACCAACAGACUUUGCACCCAUGCCCUCGACAGCUUUACUCUCCUCUCGCGAAAGAGCUCUCGUCGGCGACCUCGAGCGAGGUGAAGAGACUGGCUAAGGAAGCCGGUCAGCGCGUCGAGGAGGCGAGGUGUAAGGUCGUGUUGGGGGAGAUUGAGAACAGGUAG